AUGUCGUCGCAAAAGAACAUCGAAACUGUUGAAGCGAUCUUCAAAAGCUAUGAGCUAUUGGACGAGCGUCUCGAUAAGAAAGCGGCAUUGUUUGAAACGGAGAAGAUCACCAACUUCACCGGGAUGUUCAACGGCGUCAUGGCUUCGUCGAAAAAGAAGAUGAUUGAGAGCGCGUCGUCGAAAUUCGAGCAGGUUCAAGCGGACAAGAAGGCGAAAGUCGGUAAAGAGGAGAAGUCUGAAAAUGAGCUGAUUGUUGAUAUACCGACAAUCGCCACCAACGCGAAUCGCGCCACCAUCUCAUUGGGCAUCGUCGACGAGCUAUUGAUUCGUAUUAUUGUCUAUUUAUACAUUUAUUAUAAUCGUCAGAAAUUUUUGAUGUUGUGCAUUUUUUUGCGUUUUCUCCUCUCCGAUUCGUAA